AUGGUUAUGUGUCUGGAAGCCACAGAUCCAGAAUACCUAGAUAGGAUUUAUGAUGGGCCACACAUGCCAACCAAACUCUCUGUUGCAGUUGGAGAUGAACCUCAGAAGAUGAUUCCUAAAGAAAAGAAGGAUUAUACUCCUGAAGAUAUCUCAUCAAUCAGCAACAAAUGCAAAAUUGAUAAAGAAUAUGAUUUGGAAGAUUCGAAUCUCAAAUUCCUACUAGCUCUUCCUGAAAAAUGGGAUCUGAAAGUAACAACCAUAAGAGACAAUCAUGAUCUUGGAGAGAUGUCUCUUGAUAAUAUUUUUGGAAGACUGAAAACCUAUGAACUUGAGAUGGAGCAGAGAAACAAAAGAUAUGGAGGGAAACCCAAGCCUGUUGUUCUCAAAGUUCAAGAAGAAGCUGUUGUGAAAAACAAAGGGAAAGCUCAUGUUACAAAAACUGAUACUGAGUCGUCAAACUCUGAUAAUGACUCGAACUCUGAUUUUCCCUCAGACUCUGAGGACAGUGACACUGAGAUGAUGCAGCUGGCAGCUUUGAUGGUCAAAAGCUUCAAGAAGAUGGCUUACAAGAACUUCAACGAGGGAAAGAAGUUUAAAAGGAUGGAAAGAUGCUCUGACAGAAAAGGUUUCAAGAAGAAUGAGGGUAAGGAAGAAAAAUCAGGAAAAGUUGACAAGUCCAAGUUUACCUGCUUCAACUGUGGUGAAAAGGGUCAUUUUGCAACUGAGUGCAAGAAAGCCAAGAAUGACAAAGGACAAGCCUUCAUCACCCAGAAAGGAAACUGGGCAGACACAUCAGACUCAGAGGAAGAAGUCAACUAUGCUUUGAUGGCAAACACUGAUAACAGCUCUGAGACUGUUGAAACAAAGGUACCUCAUUCUACUCUUGCAUUUAAUAUUGAAGAUAUAACUGAGUUAAGAUUGUUCCUUAAAAGCUUACAUAUUAGUUACAGAGAUCAGACUUUAGAAAAUGAAAGAUUAAAGUCUGAAGUCUCAGAUGUAAAGAAAAGGAAUGACUAUCUAGAGAAAGAAUUAGUUCAGAUGUUAGAAGUUCAGAAAGAAAGAGAUGAUGCUGUGAUUAUUAAAAAUGAACUGUUGAAGAAACAUGCAACUCUUGAAUCAGAACUUGCAAAAGAGAGAGAAAUAAUCAGAACAUUCACUAAUUCAGGAAAAACAAGUUAA